AAUGCCCUAAAUUUUGGAAGAAAUUAAUUAAACCCAAACCCGAAUUAAUAGAAGUUUUCAAGUUUGCAACAAUAGCCAAUGGAGUCAACACCGGCAAAAUUGAACCUUGGUAAAUCACUGUUAGUUCCAAGUGUUCAAGAGCUUGCCGAACAGCACCUAACCAAUAUUCCGGACAGGUAUCUCCGCCCCGAGCAAGAAACUCCGGUCAUUUCCGCCGGAGCGGAGGUUCCAGUUAUCGAUCUUCAAAAGUUGAUUUCAGGUGAUUCCAUGGAUUCUGAGCUGCAAAAGCUUCACUCGGCUUGCCAACAAUGGGGUUUCCUACAGGUUAUAAACCAUGGAGUGACACCUUCGUUACUGGAGGACUUCAAGAGAGAGGUUAUUGAAUUGUUCAGUCUUCCAAUGGAAGAAAAGAAGAAACUAUGGAAACAGGAAGACAACUUGGAAGGUUUCGGGCAUGCAUUCGUUGUCUCAGAGGAGCAAAAGAUUGAUUUGUAA